CAAAAUUGCGACCCAAAUAAACCCACAACAAGAACAUUUUCCCUUUUCCACUCUCUUUUGUUCAUCGCAAAGGGUCCAAAAUCCAAUUUCCAUUCAUUCUUCUCUUCUACCCCAUUUCCAUUUCCAAUUCUCUGCAUAAAUCUACUAUGAUCAUUGCCUGAUCGGAGCUACCAUGAGAAUUUCCCACCUUCUCCUUCUACUCCUCUUCUCUCUGCACUCCACCUUCGUCUUCCCAUGGAAGAAGGACGAGUUCCGGAACUGCAACCAGACCCCCUUCUGCCAGCGAGCCCGCGCCCUUAAGCCCGGAUCCUGUUCCCUUGUUGCCCAUGAUGUUUCCAUUAACGAUGGGGACCUCACCGCCAAGCUCCUCCCCAGGAAUCAGGACGACCCAGAACAUCAAUUGAAGCCCUUGUUACUCGCUCUUUCUGUGUAUCAAGAUGGCAUUGUCCGCCUAAGGAUUGACGAGGAUCCUUCUUUGGGUCCACCCAAGAAGCGAUUCGAGGUACCCGAUGUGAUUGUGGACGAAUUUUUGACCAAGAAACUCUGGUUGCAGAGCAUUGCAACCGAGCAAAUUGGCAGCGAUUUGAGCCCGUCUUCGAUUGUGUACUUGUCCGAUGGUUAUGAGGCAGUGCUUCGGCACGAUCCGUUUGAGGUUUUCGUGCGGGAGAAGUCGGGUAAGCGCGUCUUGUCUUUGAACUCUCAUGGAUUAUUCGAUUUUGAGCAACUGAGGGUUAAGGAAGAAGGGGAGGACUGGGAGGAGAAGUUCAGAGGACAUACUGAUAAGAGGCCGUACGGUCCCCAAUCCAUUAGUUUCGACGUUUCGUUUUAUGAUGCUGAUUUUGUUUAUGGAAUACCGGAGCGUGCCACUAGUCUCGCUCUGAAGCCCACGAGAGGACCUGGAGUUGAGGACUCGGAGCCUUACAGGCUCUUCAAUUUGGAUGUUUUCGAGUAUAUUCACGAGUCUCCAUUUGGGCUAUAUGGGUCGAUCCCGCUCAUGAUUUCUCAUGGGAAACUGCGGGGAACUUCUGGGUUCUUUUGGUUGAAUGCUGCUGAAAUGCAGAUUGAUGUUCUUGGAUCUGGCUGGGAUGCUGAAUCUGGGAUUUCUCUGCCUUCCUCUCAAAAUAGGAUCGAUACUUUUUGGAUGAGUGAGGCGGGCAUUGUGGAUUCGUUCUUUUUCGUAGGUCCAGGGCCUAAGGAUGUCGUUCGCCAGUACACUAGUGUGACUGGGGCUCCGGCAAUGCCCCAGCUCUUUGCAACAGCAUAUCAUCAAUGUAGGUGGAAUUAUAGGGAUGAAGAGGAUGUGGAGCAAGUUGAUUCCAAAUUUGAUGAAUAUGAUAUUCCCUACGAUGUCUUGUGGCUUGAUAUCGAGCACACGGAUGGGAAGAGGUAUUUUACAUGGGACAAGGCGCUGUUUCCAAAUCCGGUAGAGAUGCAGAGGAAGUUGGCUGCCAAAGGAAGGCGCAUGGUUACCAUAGUGGACCCUCAUAUUAAGCGGGAUGAUUCUUUUCCCUUGCAUAAAGAAGCAAGCAAGAAGGGAUAUUAUGUCAAGGAUGCCGCUGGAAAUGAUUUUGAUGGGUGGUGCUGGCCUGGUUCAUCAUCGUACCUGGACAUGUUAAGUCCAGAGAUUCGGUCUUGGUGGGGAGAGAAGUUUUCUUUAGAAAACUAUGUUGGUUCCACUCCUUCCUUAUAUAUAUGGAAUGACAUGAAUGAGCCUUCUGUUUUCAAUGGUCCAGAGGUUACAAUGCCUCGAGAUGCUCUACAUCAAGGAGGUGUUGAACAUCGGGAGUUACACAAUGUCUACGGAUACUACUUUCACAUGGCCACUGCGGAGGGACUAGUUAAGCGGGGUGAUGGAAAGGAUAGGCCUUUUGUUCUCUCACGAGCGCUUUUUGCAGGAACCCAAAGAUAUGGUGCAGUAUGGACCGGAGAUAACACAGCUGAUUGGGAUCAGCUCAGGGUUUCUGUUCCAAUGAUUGUGACUCUUGGUCUUACUGGAUUGUCAUUCUCAGGUGCUGAUGUUGGUGGUUUUUUUGGAAAUCCUGAAAUUGAGCUGUUAGUGCGAUGGUAUCAGCUAGGUGCCUUUUAUCCCUUCUUUAGAGGCCAUGCUCACCAUGACACAAAAAGAAGAGAACCUUGGCUAUUCGGGGAACGGAAUACGGAAUUGAUGAGAGAUGCUAUACGCAUUCGGUACAUGUUGCUACCCUAUUUCUAUACUCUAUUCCGAGAAGCAAAUACAAGUGGGAUUCCUGUUGUGCGUCCAUUGUGGAUGGAAUUUCCAUCUGAUGAAGCUACAUUUAAAAAUGAUGAAGCUUUUAUGGUAGGGAGCGCUCUUUUGGUGCAAGGAAUAUAUACCAAGGAAGCUAAAGAAGUGUCAGUCUAUUUGCCUGGGGAACAAUCUUGGUACGAUUUGAGAACUGGAACUCCAUAUAGGGGUGGUGUCACCCACCAGUUAGAGGUUUCUGAAGAAAGCAUCCCUGCUUUCCAAAAAGCUGGAACCAUAUUGCCCAGGAAAGAUCGCUUUCGGAGGAGCUCUACACAGAUGGUUAACGACCCUUACACUCUGGUGGUUGCUCUUAAUAAUUCACAAGCAGCUGAAGGUGAGCUUUACGUUGAUGACGGUAAAAGCUUUGAAUUCAAGCAAGGGGCGUACAUCCAUCGCCGAUUUGUGUUCUCAGGGGGCAAGCUUACAUCACUGAACAUGGCUCCUAUUGGUUCUAGUAGCGCCAAGUUUUCUUCCAACUGUGUUAUCGAGAGGAUUAUACUGCUAGGAUACUCCGGACCAAAAUCUGCUCUGGUUGAGCCAGACAACAGAAAGGUCGAUAUCGAACUUGGUCCACUCCACUUCCAAACAGGACGACGCAUAUCGGUUCUUACAAUUCGGAAACCCAACUUGUCGAUUACAGAUGAUUGGACGGUAAAAAUUUUGUAAGGAUUCAUAGUUUUCUUUAUGGUAGAAAAGGAAAAACACAUAUUUGGUGAGAAAAGGAUUGAAAUUGUUAUUCUAAAGACUUAAAAUCUAAUGACAUUUGAGAAAGCAGAGACGUUACAGAAAUCCCUGCUGAAAA